UUUCCCAAGCUCCCAGUGCAUGCUAGGAGUUGCAGUCCCGUCCCUAAAAGCUGAGGGUGGCCGUGAGGUCAUCGGUGGUCGCCGGGAGCCGGCAGCACGUGGUGGGCGGGGGCGACGCGCGGUAGCUGUCUGCUCCCUGGAGCGGCAGGAGCUGCCCGCCCUCGCGCCCCGGGUCUCCGUGCCCUCCUGACAUGCCCGAGGAGGCGGGCUUCCCGCCGGCCAAGAGAUUCCGGCCGGGCUUUGGGCCCCCGAGCCGCGCGGGGUCCUGCCCUCCCGGGAGGCGAGUGGUAAUGCUGCUGACCGCGGGCGGCGGUGGCGGCGGUGGAGGCCGGAGGCAGCAGCCGGCCCUGGCCCAGCCCUCCACCAGCCCCUACACUGAGGCGGUGGAGCUGCAGCGCCGGAGUCUGCCCAUCUUCCAGGCGCGGGGGCAACUGUUAGCCCAGCUGCGAAACCUGGACAGCGCCGUCCUCAUCGGGGAAACUGGUUCUGGCAAGACGACUCAGAUCCCUCAGUACCUCUAUGAGGGGGGAAUUAGUCGCCAAGGCAUCAUUGCUGUGACCCAGCCUCGUCGAGUGGCUGCCAUCUCUCUUGCUACUAGAGUCUCAGAUGAGAAGAGAACUGAACUUGGGAAGCUGGUUGGCUAUACUGUGCGCUUCGAUGAUGUCACCUCCGAAGACACCAGAAUCAAGUUUCUGACAGAUGGCAUGCUUCUGCGAGAAGCAAUUUCAGACUCCCUGCUUCGGAAGUAUAGUUGUGUCAUUUUGGAUGAAGCCCACGAACGGACUAUCCACACAGAUGUGCUCUUUGGUGUGGUGAAAGCGGCACAGAAGAGGCGAAAGGAACUGGGGAAACUGCCUCUCAAAGUGAUUGUGAUGUCAGCUACAAUGGAUGUGGACUUGUUCUCUCAGUAUUUCAAUGGAGCCCCUGUCCUCUACCUGGAGGGUCGGCAGCAUCCAAUCCAAAUUUUUUACACCAAACAGCCUCAGCAUGAUUACUUGCAUGCUGCGCUUGUCUCGGUCUUCCAGAUCCACCAGGAAGCCCCUUCUUCUCAGGACAUCCUGGUUUUCCUCACUGGUCAAGAGGAGAUUGAAGCAAUGAGCAAGACAUGCCGAGACAUUGCAAAGCACCUCCCAGACAGCUGCCCCUCCAUGCUAGUUCUUCCUCUGUAUGCCUCCCUGCCCUAUGCACAGCAGCUCCGCGUCUUCCAGGGAGCCCCAAAGGGUUAUCGCAAAGUGAUCAUUUCAACCAACAUCGCUGAAACCUCCAUAACCAUUACAGGAAUAAAAUAUGUAGUUGACACGGGCAUGGUUAAAGCAAAGAAGUAUAACCCUGACAGUGGCCUGGAGGUGUUAGCUGUGCAGCGGGUCUCAAAGACCCAGGCUUGGCAACGAACAGGACGGGCUGGCAGAGAAGAAAGCGGCAUCUGUUACCGGCUCUACACAGAAGAUGAGUUUGAGAAGUUUGAGAAGAUGACUGUGCCAGAGAUCCAAAGGUGUAACCUGGCGAGUGUGCUGCUACAGCUCCUGGCAAUGAAAGUCCCAAAUGUGCUCACCUUUGACUUCAUGUCCAAACCGUCUCCAGAUCAUGUACAGGCAGCCAUUGCCCAACUGGACCUGUUAGGUGCUCUCGAACAUAAGGAUGACCAGCUGACUUUGACUCCAAUUGGAAGAAAGAUGGCGGCUUUUCCUUUAGAACCCAAAUUUGCCAAAACCAUUCUCCUGUCCCCCAAAUUCCACUGUACAGAAGAGAUUCUGACCAUUGUGUCCCUGCUAUCGGUGGACAGUGUUCUCUAUAACCCUCCCUCCCGGCGGGAUGAAGUGCAGGGUGUCCGCAAGAAGUUCAUAUCCAGCGAGGGUGAUCACAUCACCCUGCUCAACAUAUACCGGACCUUCAAAAACAUAGGCGGGAAUAAGGACUGGUGCAAAGAGAAUUUUGUCAACAGCAAGAAUAUGAUGCUAGUAGCCGAAGUCAGAGCACAGCUGAGAGACAUCUGCUUAAAGAUGUCAAUGCCGAUCAUGUCAUCCCGAGGAGACGCGGAGAAUAUCCGCCGCUGCCUGGCUCACAGCCUCUUCAUGAGCACUGCUGAGCUUCAGCCAGAUGGCACUUACGCCACCACGGACACCCACCAGCCUGUGGCCAUCCACCCCUCGUCUGUCCUCUUCCACUGCAAACCAGCCUGUGUAGUGUACACGGAACUGCUCUACACCAACAAGUGCUACAUGCGAGACCUCUGUGUUGUGGAUGCCGAAUGGCUGUACGAGGCUGCCCCCGAGUACUUCAGGAGAAAGCUGAGGACCGCCAGGACCUGAGCCAGCCCAGGACCUGCCAGAACUGUGGGUGCCUGGAUGCUGGGGCCACAUCCAUCCUCCUAGCAGACUUCUGGGUCAGCAUCUAGAAAAGAGGCAAGUUAAUGUAGCAGAAUGUGCCUGACUUUGAGGAGCUUGAAAGCAUCCCUGUUUAAACUCCUAAGGCUGAACUAUGUAAAUUUGUACAUACAUUCAUACUUUGGAAACUUAGAAUUAUGCUUUUGGUUUUUGAGGGGUGACUUAGUUGACUUCUGAGCCUCACUUUCCUUACCUGCCAAAUGGGGAUGGUAAUAAUAAUAAUAAUAAUAAUAAUAUAGAGUUGGGGUCAUAUUAGAGAAAAUGAAUGAGUGAAAGUGCCCAGAGCUAAACCCUGGCCAUGAUAAAUGCAGAAUGAAUUGUGAGCCAGUGUGCUUGAUGCUGUUGCUUUCUACGUGGUAUGAAUUCAGCACAGCAAAGAACCCUAGAGAUCGUAACUGAGUGGGAGUUUCUGAAAGGGACCAUAGUAGGUCAAAAAACUUGAAUAUUGUACUUUGAUUUAUUUUAAUGUCUAUCUCUAUGAAGCUUUUAAAUAGAAAACAUUAAAAAUUGACUUCUGUAGAAGUCUCAGUAGGAAGGUGCUGUGGUCUCUUACCUCAGGGGCUUGUUGCCCCUCCUAGGCCUCAUUCCCCAGGGUGUGAAGCUCUGUCUUGCUCCCUCCAAGCGAACACCAGUAAAGGAGGCCCUGAGGCCACUGCAGCUUUUUUGUUUUUCUUUCUGAAAUCCCUUUUCCUUCCCUUUAAGGACUUGGGGAUAUCCUGACUUUGCUACUAACUGUGCUAGUCACCCCUCUCCAGCCCUCAGUUUCUACGUUUGUCAGAGAAAAUUAGCGUGUCUCCACAGUCUUUUCCUGUUCUCGUAUUUUGAAAAGGAAGAAGACAAAAAGGUUCUUAGCUAUUUAAUUAUCAAAAGUAUAUAAUCUUUCCCCAGAGAAUCUUCUGCCCUAGAAAAAGGCACGAUUUGAUCUUUUCAUUGUACUUAUUAAUUGGGCUAAACACAUGUGUGCAGUAUUUGGUUAUUACUUACAAAAUAAAUCAUGCAAGUUAUAAAUUGGGGGCCAGAUUGCCCAAAAGACUCUCAAGGCAGUGGAUGUUCUCUUUACUCUAGGUCCAGUGAGCUCUCCAAGCCAAAGCACCCCCAAUCCAAGGCUCAUUUGUCUGUGCUCUUGGCUUUCCAACACUAGCUGUGUGUGGCCUGAGCAGUCAAGCUUUUACCCAGUGUUCAGGGUGAGAACUUUAUUUCUGUUAGUAGUAGUUAAAUUAGGCCAAAGAGAGUAGACAAAUGUGUAUCCUAUCUUACUGAAUUGUUAGACUUCACCUGACUUUCCUCAAAUGACUUGUUUUUACCAUUGCUCACUUUCUGAAGUUUUUCAGAAAAUUUAAGUAUAUUUUUCUCAUUUAUUUAAUGGAGGCCUAGGAUGUUUAAUCUGAGUUGGUAAAAGAAAAUAUACUUUUAAUAAAACAGUCAUCAUACUGGCAAGAAAUGGGGAGCAGGGGUGCGUUUUAUCUUCUUCAGCAAAUUCUCUAUCUAGAGACUUUUUAUGGGUCAAGUAAAACUUAACUUGAGAGUAAUUUAUGUCCAGUUUAAGUACCUGAAGCUUCUGGAAAUGUGUAUUUUCUGAGCACGAGUAAGGGGUAAAUAACUUCUAAGUAAAUAUAAGUAACUUCUUAGCUUUAAUGUUUCUGUACAGAAAUAUGUUUAUCACUGUAAUAUUCUGGUAGAGUUUUAAUGUUAGUUUUUUAUUGGGCUUUUUAAAGAGUUCAUUUUUAACAUAGCUGCUCAGGGAUUAAAUCAGAUUGGAAACCUCAUUCUGACUCCACAUAUUACUACUGGGUAUUUUGAGCUGCCGGUACUUUAAACUUUCUUAAGAAAGUUGUGUUUCAUGAUGAUGCUACAGUGUAAUCUUGAGCAACUUUGUCAAUUGGUAAAACCUCUAAGGGUGUGACACCUUUUUUCCAACCUGUGAAAUUCACAUCUGGGUGAAUGACUGGCUCCCAUGAGCAGCUUUGUGUCAUAGCACCCCAAGCCGCUAGCAUGCCGCAGGAGUUUGUCUUCUAGUAAUUACAGGGGUGAAAGAUCCAGAGCAACACAGAUUCCAUUGCAGGGAGAGAACUGCCUACACUUGAGCCUUGGUAAGAACCCUUCAUAUUGCCGCUCUGCUGGUUGUAAAAGAGAUGCCAGGAAGGAGACGUGUUUUUGCUCUGAGUAAAAGUGAUGAUGGCUGUGACACAUACAGUUAAUUGAGUGAUCGGGAACUAGGGCCAAGCAUGGAGGAUAUACCUUGAGCAUAUAAGGAAGACACUAUGCUAAUGGGGAAGGAAGGACUUUAUUAUAUAUUUUGUAUGAUCAGAAUAUCAUAACUUGCAGGAAAAGAAAAAGAUCAAGUUGAUAAAGGUUAUAUUUUUAGUCUGUUCGUAUUCAGACAGACAUAGCUCUAUAGAAACAUCAGCUCUUGUAUAUAUGUAUAUAUAAUGCUCAGAUUUGCACAUGACUAUCAAAACCAUUAAAAGUGAAUCUUGU